UAAUGAUGAGCCAACGAUAUGACCAGCGGCCCUGGAGGUGGUGGAGCACUCGGGGGCGGUGGGCAACCAGCGCAGCAGCAGCAGCACAGCGGCAGCAGCAACACUAAAUGUGGCAGCAGCAGCAGCGGUAGCAGCAACAACAACAACAGCAGCAGCGAACGCAGCAGCGCAGCRACAGCAGUGAACAGCAGCAGCAGCACUGGAGCAGUAACGACAACAACUGCAACUGGUGGAUCCCUGCAGCGCCGCGUCCUGCGCGGCCAUGCAGCGCAGACAACCAGUGGAGAGCGCGUGCUGCUGAUUAACUAUGUGCCGCAGUCGGGAGCAUCAGCAUCAGGAGCAGGAACAUCAACAACCUCCACAGUCAGCGCAUCACAGUUGCCCACACGCAAAAUACUUCAGGCCAGAGCCACGGCAGCAGCAGCAGCAGCAGCUGCAGCAUCGACAGCAUCAACAUCAGCAACAGCAGCUAGCAGCACACAGGCAACGACGCCGUCUGUGUCCUUUGCUGGCCUUGGCUCUGAGGUGACAGUUACCCUGACGCGCACCAAUCAGCGCGCCAGCGUAACCAAUGUCACAGCCGCCGGUCAUAUUGUUAGGAAUCAGCAAACCGUCUAUCAAACAACCACCACAUCCGCAGCUGGCGGAUCAACCAGCUCGACAAGCGUCCACGAGCCAGUGCAGCACUUGGCGGCAYCAACAUCGCCGCCGCCGCUGCGCUGGCAGCAGCAACAGCACGAAUACCAACACGACCACCACUUGGUCGAGGAGGAGCACAUUAUCAUCGAUCAUCAUCAGCAAGCAGAGGCGGAUGAUCACCUGAUCGAGUAUGAUGCCAGCGAGGGAGUUGUCAUUGAGGAUCAAGAUCAGGACCACCAUCAGCAGCAGGAUCACCAUCAGCAACAGCAGCAGCACCAUCAUCACCUGCAGCACCAACACCAUCAGCUGGAUCUGCAGGAGGAGCUGCAGGAUCCCGAUGGACAACAGCAGCAGCAUCACGACGUAGUCCAAGAGGUUUACCUGCAAUAGAACAACAGUGUUACAUAAGGAAACCCCAAUCCAUUACCAAUUAUCCAUGUAGUACACACAAAUAAAUAGCUGUUAGUUUCCUCUAAGUUUCGAUCACAUUGAGCUUUCCCAAUGGAUAUAUGCCUAAGUAUGUGUUUUACGAUCCUAGACAACAUAUGUAUGUGUGUGAGCUGGGCUGGUUUUACAAACUCUUAGCAUAUUUAUUCACUUCGUAAUGCUC